UCCUCGGCAGCAUGUAAGCGUUCGAGACACAGAAAAGGAAACCGUUUGUUUAGGCCCAAAUGACGGCGACCGAUACCGCCGCCUGUUUAGACCAAAUCGACAGCGGCGACGGCGGCGGCGGCGAUGAUGAAUCGUCAAUGGCCGGCGAUGGUUCACGCCAUUUCACCGAACAUCGAAUCAAUAGCUACUCUUCUCCGGCCGUGACUUUUCCAAAAGCGGCAAAAUCAGUAGCAGAAGCGCCAAGCAAAGCACCUAAUAACACUUACUCAAAUUUCUUCCCAUUCCCCAACCAGCUUCUGACGCUUGUAGAAGCCAGCCACGUAGCUCUCGAUUAUCGAACCUAGUUUUGUUUCCUUCUUUGGAUCUUCAGACACCGCAUGAAUCUCCCAGAAACGAUUCAAAUGGGUUUGAAUCGCGAUUCUUAAGUCACCUCUCUUCGCUGCUGUUUUGCUCGAGAUCCAUUUCGUGGAUUCAAUGUUUUGAAGGGAGUUUUCCAUCUUAGCCUGGGGUUUUAAAAUAUCAUCGUUGGAUUAUGAUCAUUUGAUAGUUUUUCAAGAUGGGUCAAGAACUCUGUUCGAUAUCUCAAAUCGGUUCGAGAAGAGUGAUAUGGCUGAUGGGGGUGAUGUUUGCUAUGAUUUUGGCGUUUCAAUGCUUUGAGCUUUCGUUUGGGUAUUCUUUGUUUUCUUUAUUUUCUGUUGGUAAGGUUAUUGUCAAUGAAGAAGGCAGUUCCAGUUCUUCCCCUGUCGAUGAUCCGAUAUCGAAGACCGGGCUUGUUGCCGAAUCUCCACUUGCAGAUGGUAUAAAUUCAACUGCAUCCAAUCAUAGUUAUGAUCGUGCUAAUCAGCCUUCGUCAUCCGGGGAUUUGAUAGAGCCUGUUGGGAAUUCAACCAUCAAUAUGCAAGGAAAUAAUCGAAGUUUUGAUGGGAAAGACGACUCUUUACGAAAUGAUUCGAUAGGAUACAACAAUCACUCGAGCAAUAACUUUGCAGCCCCUCCUGCAGUUCCACCGACGAGUUCAUCUUUAAUGAUAGUUGGGAAUACAAGUAGUGUUGCUACGAAUGCAUCGAGCCCCAACUCUUCCCUUGGAUCCAACGCUCCCGACACUUCUGAUAAAUUGAAGACAUCUGUGGAAGAGAAAGAUGAAAAAAAUACGUCUGAUAAGAACGAGAAGACUGAGCCAUUGCACGGUGAUCACGGUAUAGGGAAAAACAAGACAGUCUCUGAGAAGAAGCAAGUGCCUAAAGACCCUUCUUCAGGAAUAUAUACAAUAUCUGACAUGGACAGUUUGUUGUUUGAAACCCGCUCGUCCAACCGUCCAAUCGUACCAAGAUGGCCUUCGGCCACUGAUCAAGAAGUGUUACAAGCCAAAUUACUGAUUGAGAAUGCACCCGGAAUAGAUAAUGACCCGAUACUAUAUUCUCCUCUGUUUCGAAAUGUUUCUGUUUUCAAAAGAAGCUAUGAACUAAUGGAGAAAACUCUCAAAGUGUACAUCUAUGCAGAAGGAGAGAGGCCAAUCUUUCACCAAGGUCCGCUCCAGGGUAUCUAUGCUUCCGAGGGGUGGUUCAUGAAGAUACUCGAAUCGAACAAAAGAUUCGUUACUAAGGACCCAAAAAAAGCUCAUCUAUUUUACUUGCCUUUCAGCUCUCGACAAUUGGAAGACACCUUAUACGUGCGCGACUCGCACAGCUUCACGAACCUCAUACAACACCUCAAGAACUACUUGGACUUGAUUGCUGCAAAGUAUCCGUCCUGGAACAGAACUGAAGGCGCCGAUCAUUUUAUUGCUGCUUGUCAUGAUUGGGCACCUGCAGAAACCAGGAAGUAUAUGGCAAAAUGCAUAAGAGCUCUGUGCAACUCCGAUGUCAAGGAAGGUUUUGUUUUCGGCAAGGACGUAUCCCUUCCCGAAACAUCCGUGCGUGUCGCUCGGAAUCCUCUAAAAGAUGUCGGUGGCAAUCCUGCAUCGAAGAGGCCGAUCCUUGCGUUCUUUGCAGGAAGAAUGCACGGCAACUUACGGUCAAUUCUCGUGAAAUAUUGGGAAGGAAAAGACCCCGACAUGAAAAUCUCCGGGCCAAUGCCAAAGGUCAAGGGGAAGGGGAAGAAGGGGGGUGGAAAGAACUAUCUAUGGCACAUGAAGAACAGCAAAUACUGCAUCUGUGCUAAAGGAUACGAAGUGAACAGCCCCCGAGUCGUCGAAUCGAUCAUGUACGAAUGUGUUCCAGUGAUCAUAUCGGAUAACUUCGUGCCUCCACUGUUUGGGGUUCUUAACUGGGAAUCGUUUGCGGUGUUCGUAGCGGAGAAAGAGAUACCGAACCUGAAGAAGAUUCUGACGUCGAUACCAGAGAAGAGGUAUAGGGAGAUGCAGAUGAGGGUGAAGAAGGUGCAGCCUCAUUUUCUUUGGCAUUCAAAGCCUCAAAAGUAUGAUUUGUUUCAUAUGAUAUUACAUUCCAUUUGGUACAACCGACUUUACCAGAUAACACCCAAUCUUUGAUUA